UUGUGUAUUUCCUGAGAGUUGUGCUUCUCUGCCACACACAAGCCCUUAUACCUGUGCCUUCAGCUGCUGCUACUCCUAUGAACUCGUUGAUUCUACAAUCUUCACUCCAACCUGCCUUGAAAAAGUUUUCAAUAUGGAGUGCCAUAUGAUAGGUAUUUCAAGGGGUUGUCCUGAAAAUCAAGUGUCAUGGUUUUCAUGGAAAUCAACAAAUUUAGAUUGGGAGGAUGUGCGUGGUCUUCGAUGUAAUGUGACUCGCUGGAAUUUAAGGGUGGGCUCUCAAAAGUGUGCUAUUACAUGUCAAGCUUUUGUUGGGAAGCAGUCCAUGCACCAGAAAUUGUGGAGAACAUAUUCUAUGCCCAUUAAUUUGGAUAAGGAAUCUUCAUCACCAUUUUCGCAAGAUUAUUCAAGUGAUAAUGAAAAUGCUUCUGAAGAUUCACCUGAGGAACUUCUUGACCAACCGCUGGGCAGUGAUGAGUUGAAAACACUGCUGGUUGAUUCUGAAAGAACGAAACUUAUUAAGAAACUUAGUGAAGCCAAUCAACAGAAUCGAAUCCUCAAACGACAGUUGUACAUAAAGGAAGAUGCACUGGUUAACUUCAAAAGCGAACUGGCUGUCAUGGAACUUGAAGUUCAGGCUUUGGUUUCACUGGCCGAAGAAAUAGCUAAAUCUGGAAUCCCAAAAGGUUCAAGAAAGAUUAAUGGGAAAUACAUUCAGAGUCAUCUCCAUUCUCGGCUAGAAGCUGUACAUGAAAAAUUGAAGGAACAGAUAAAAGAUGUAGAUGCUGUGCAAUCCAAGGAGGUUUCCAUAAUCUGGUGUGGCAUGGCAGAGAGUGUGCAAGUAAUGGGCACCUUUGAUGGUUGGAGUCAAGGAGAGCACUUGUCACCAGAGUACACUGGUUCUUUCACUAAAUUCUCGACAACAUUAAUGCUUAGACCUGGACGGUAUGAGAUCAAGUUUUUGGUGGAUGGAGAAUGGCAGCUAUCGCCAGAAUUUCCUACUGUUGGUGAGGGUUUAAUGGAAAAUAACCUACUGAUAGUGAAAUAACUCGAGUUCUGUAGGUAGUUCUUGUCACCCUUUAAUAUGCAGAGCAAUUGAUAAUUCAGCCUUCCCACUUUAAGUUGCUUUGAUUUGAGUAUAUAUUUCUUCUUAGUUAUCGUUUGAUCUCGUGUUUAGUUUUGUAGUAAAUCUGUAAAACAGAGAAUUUUCAGGCCAUUUUAGUACAUAAAAGAAAAGGGGGGCAGAAUCCAGUCCUGCAUUACGUUUUUAAA